GUAUUAAAAGAAGUUAAAUCCCAAUUAUAUUAUCCUUUGACUUACAUUGUUACAUAGUCACACAUCUAAGACCGGACUCCUUUCAUCUAAACUGAUACACAUAUGCGAAGAAAAACGCGCCACAACACUAUGGCAAAAAAGGUGAAGAGUCAUUCUGGCAAAGCCUCAAUCGGUGGAAAGGGACAACACGAGGAUCCAAACGGACCCCUAUUUUUCUUCAAGCCCAAUGAAGCCCACGGCGAGUUCUGCCAAUGGAAUCUGGCCGCCUUCACCGUCAGCAAGGCCCAGAUAUCUAACCUCGUCGGCCACCCCACCGAAGAGGACGAUUCCGAUGGCAAGCAGUUGAUACGUUUCAACUGCGCCGAGCAGUUCAUGAUGUACUGUAAAGCGGGCCGGUUCCACGAUUCUGCCACGCAGAAGCUCAUCCUCGCCACACAGGAUCCGAAAGAGCAGAAGAGGCUCGGAAGGCUGACUAAGGAAUUCCGCAGAGCAAGUUGGGACGAGAUCAAGAGCGCUGUCGUGGUCGCCGGGAACAUGGCCAAGUUUACCCAGAAUCCACAUCUAAAGAACCUUUUGCUGGAUACUGGCGAUCGGUUGCUGGCCGAGGCGUCUUCCCAUGAUCGUGUUUGGGGCAUUGGUUAUACACUUAAACAAGCUCUUGCGGGUCAGGAUCAGGAGACUUGGGGAGAGAAUAGGCUAGGAAAGGCGCUGAUGGAAGUGAGAGAGCGUUUGCGAGGGGACAGAGUGGGUAAUGAUACUUAAGGUUCGUCCAAGUAUUUAUCUGCCAUGCCGUCCCGACAGAGUUACAGAGAGAGAGAACUCGACCACAUAUCACGAAAAUUCUACGAUAUCGAGCUGAUGG